AUGCGCGUCGCGAGAGACGACGACGAAUAUAAAAAGAAGAUUGCCUCCCCUCGUUUUGAACCUCACCCCUCAUCCACAGAUCAGUCGACUCUACAAGAACCCCAGGAACCCCAAGAACCCCUGUCUCGGUCCUCAUCCCCCCAAGACCUCCUAGCCCUCAAGUCCAAGACCAAUCCCAAGAUGCGUUCCAUGUCCACCGUCGCCACCCUCGCAGCGUUCCUGCUGAUUUCCUCCUCUGUCUCUGCCGCGGCAGCGCCCCUUACUGCCAAGAUCGAGCUUAGUGACGUUUUCAGUAAGGUCUGUUAA